UGUCUCACGAAGGCUAUGGAACUAGAUCUCAACCUCCUCUGGCCCCCGGAAAACCUAACCAUGAAGACUUGAACUUGAUACAACAAGAAAGACCAUCAAGUUUACCAGAUCUGUCUGGCUCCAUCGAUGACCUCCCCACGGGAACGGAAGCAACUUUGAGUUCAGCAGUCAGUGCAUCCGGGUCCACAAGCAGCCAAGGGGAUCAGAGCAACCCGGCGCAGUCGCCUUUCUCCCCACAUGCGUCCCCACAUCUCUCCAGUAUCCCGGGGGGCCCCUCCCCGUCUCCUGUUGGCUCACCUGUAGGAAGCAACCAGUCACGAUCUGGCCCAAUUUCUCCCGCAAGUAUCCCAGGCAGUCAAAUGCCUCCUCAGCCACCUGGGAGCCAGUCAGAAUCCAGUUCCCAUCCUGCCUUGAGCCAGUCACCAAUGCCACAGGAAAGAGGUUUUAUGGCAGGCACACAAAGAAAUCCUCAGAUGUCUCAGUAUGGACCUCAGCAGACAGGACCAUCCAUGUCGCCUCAUCCUUCUCCUGGGGGCCAGAUGCAUCCUGGAAUCAGUAGCUUUCAGCAGAGUAACUCAAGUGGGACUUACGGUCCACAGAUGAGCCAGUAUGGACCACAAGGUAACUACUCCAGACCCCCAACGUAUAGUGGGGUGCCCAGUGCAAGCUACAGCGGCCCAGGGCCCGGUAUGGGUAUCAAUGCCAACAACCAGAUGCAUGGACAAGGGCCAAGCCAGCCAUGUGGUGCUAUGCCCCUGGGACGAAUGCCAUCAGCUGGGAUGCAGAACAGACCAUUUCCUGGAAAUAUGAGCAGCAUGACCCCCAGUUCUCCUGGCAUGUCUCAGCAGGCAGGGCCAGGAAUGGGGCCGCCAAUGCCAACUGUGAACCGUAAGGCACAGGAGGCAGCUGCAGCAGUGAUGCAGGCUGCUGCAAACUCAGCACAAAGCAGGCCACCAUACAUUAGGUCGCCUGCUUAUCCCAGCCAGUCUGGGGCUGGCGGACGCCCCAUGUUUUCUUCCCAGCACCCCAACUAUGGCAACUCUCAGGCUCCCAUGAUGCACCAGCCUGACCAGUACGGGCAAGGCAGUUUCCCUGGCAUGAACCAGAGUGGACUCAUGGCCUCCAGCUCUGCCUACAGCCAGCCUGUGAACAACAACUCUGGCCUGAUGAACACGCAGGCGCCGCCAUACAGCGUGACGCCCGCCAUGGUGAACAGCUCGGCAGCAUCUAUGGGUCUUGCAGAUAUGAUGUCUCCUGGUGAAUCCAAACUGCCCCUGCCUCUCAAAGCAGAUGGCAAAGAAGAAGGCACUCCACAGCCCGAGAGCAAGUCAAAGGAUAGCUACAGCUCUCAGGGUAUUUCUCAGCCCCCAACCCCAGGCAACCUGCCAGUCCCUUCCCCAAUGUCCCCCAGCUCUGCUAGCAUCUCCUCAUUUCAUGGAGAUGAAAGUGAUAGCAUUAGCAGCCCAGGCUGGCCAAAGACUCCAUCAAGCCCUAAGUCCAGCUCCUCCACCACCACUGGGGAGAAGAUCACAAAGGUAUAUGAACUGGGGAACGAGCCAGAGAGAAAGCUCUGGGUCGACCGGUACCUCACCUUCAUGGAAGAGCGAGGCUCCCCUGUGUCCAGUCUGCCUGCUGUGGGCAAGAAGCCCCUGGACCUGUUCCGACUCUAUGUCUGCGUCAAAGAGAUUGGAGGUUUGGCACAGGUUAAUAAAAACAAGAAGUGGCGUGAGCUGGCAACCAACCUGAAUGUUGGCACUUCGAGCAGUGCGGCGAGCUCCCUGAAAAAGCAGUAUAUCCAGUACCUGUUCGCCUUCGAGUGCAAGAUCGAACGAGGGGAGGAGCCGCCGCCGGAAGUCUUCAGCACCGGGGACGCCAAGAAGCAGCCCAAGCUCCAGCCGCCAUCUCCUGCCAACUCAGGAUCCUUGCAAGGCCCACAGACCCCCCAGUCAACUGGCAGCAACUCCAUGGCUGAGGUUCCAGGCGACCUGAAGCCACCCACUCCAGCCUCCACCCCUCAUGGACAGAUGACCCCAAUGCAAGGUGGAAGAAGCAGUACAAUCAGUGUGCAUGACCCGUUCUCAGAUGUGAGUGAGUCAUCAUUCCCCAAACGGAACUCCAUGACUCCCAACACCCCCUACCAGCAGGGCAUGAGCAUGCCUGACGUGAUGGGCAGGAUGCCCUAUGAGCCCAACAAGGACCCCUUCGGGGGAAUGAGAAAAGUGCCUGGAAGUAGCGAGCCCUUUAUGACGCAAGGACAGAUGCCCAACAGCGGCAUGCAGGACAUGUACAACCAAAGUCCCUCUGGAACGAUGUCAAAUCUAGGCAUGAGCCAGCGACAGCAGUUUCCCUAUGGAACCAGUUAUGAUCGAAGGCAUGAACCUUACGGGCAACAGUAUCCAGGCCAAGGUCCUCCCUCGGGACAGUCGCCGUAUGGAGGGCACCAGCCUGGCCUGUACCCACAGCAGCCGAAUUACAAGCGCCAUAUGGAUGGCAUGUAUGGGCCUCCGGCCAAGCGCCAUGAGGGAGACAUGUACAACAUGCAGUACAGCACCCAGCAGCAGGAGAUGUACAACCAGUAUGGAAGCUCCUACUCGGGGCCGGACAGGAGGCCCAUACAGGGCCAGUAUCCAUACCCCUACAACAGAGAGAGGAUGCAGGGCCCGGGGCAGAUACAGACACAUGGAAUCCCGCCUCAGAUGAUGGGUGGCCCGAUGCAGUCGUCCUCCAGCGAAGGGCCUCAGCAGAACAUGUGGGCGACACGCAACGAUAUGCCUUACCCGUACCAGAACAGGCAGGGCCCAGGUGGCCCUGCGCAGGCACCUCCGUACCCAGGCAUGAACCGCACAGACGAUAUGAUGGUACCUGAUCAAAGGAUAAAUCACGAGAGCCAGUGGCCUUCUCACAUCAGCCAGCGUCAGCCUUAUAUGUCGUCCUCAGCCUCCAUGCAGCCCAUCACGCGCCCGCCGCAGCCGUCCUACCAGACGCCACCGUCACUGCCAAACCACAUCUCCAGGGCGCCCAGCCCAGCAUCCUUCCAGCGCUCCCUGGAGAACCGCAUGUCUCCAAGCAAGUCUCCCUUUCUGCCCUCUAUGAAGAUGCAGAAGGUCAUGCCCACAGUCCCCACAUCCCAGGUCACCGGACCACCCCCCCAGCCGCCCCCAAUCAGGAGGGAGAUCACCUUUCCUCCUGGCUCAGUGGAAGCGUCACAGCCGGUCUUAAAACAAAGGCGAAAGAUUACCUCAAAAGAUAUCGUUACUCCUGAGGCAUGGCGUGUGAUGAUGUCCCUUAAAUCAGGUCUUCUGGCUGAAAGUACUUGGGCUUUGGACACUAUUAAUAUCCUUCUGUAUGAUGACAGCACUGUUGCUACUUUUAAUCUCUCCCAGUUGUCUGGAUUUCUGGAACUCUUAGUCGAGUACUUUAGAAAAUGUCUGAUUGACAUUUUUGGAAUUCUCAUGGAAUAUGAAGUGGGAGACCCCAGCCAAAAAGCACUCGAUCACAGUGCAGCACGGAGAGAUGACAGCCAGUCUUUGGCAGAUGAUUCCGGGAGGGAGGACGAAGAUGCUGAAUGUAUUGAUGACGAUGAGACGGACGAGGAGGAUGAAGAGGAAGACAGUGAGAAAACAGAAGCCAAUGACAAGAGCAGUGCUGCUCUGACCACUCCGGACGCCACUGCAGACCCAAAGGAGAAGCCCAAGCAGGCCAGUAAGUUUGACAGGCUGCCAAUCAAGAUAGUCAAAAAGAACAACCUGUUUGUCGUUGACCGAUCCGACAGGCUGGGGCGCGUGCAGGAGUUCAGCAGCGGGCUUCUGCACUGGCAGCUCGGCGGGGGCGACACCACCGAGCACAUCCAGACUCACUUUGAGAGCAAGAUGGAAAUUCCCCCUCGCAGGCGUCCCCCUCCCCCCUCAAGCUCCACAGGCAGAAAGAAAGAGCAGGAAGGCAAAGGAGAUUCUGAGGAGCAGCAGGAGAAGAGCAUCAUAGCGACCAUCGAUGAUGUCCUGUCUGCUCGGCCAGGGGCGCUGCCUGAAGACGCAGACCCUGGGCCCCAGACCGAGAGCAGUAAGUUUCCCUUUGGCAUACAGCAGGCCAGAAGUCACCGGAACAUCAAGCUGCUGGAGGACGAGCCGCGGAGCCGAGACGAGACACCCCUGUGCACCAUUGCGCACUGGCAGGACUCGCUGGCCAAACGCUGCAUUUGUGUGUCCAACAUCGUCCGGAGCUUGUCUUUCGUGCCUGGCAACGAUGCCGAGAUGUCCAAACAUCCAGGCUUGGUGCUGAUCCUGGGGAAGCUGAUUCUUCUUCACCACGAGCAUCCCGAGAGAAAACGAGCACCGCAAACCUAUGAGAAAGAGGAGGACGAGGACAAGGGGGUGGUCUGCAGCAAGGAUGAGUGGUGGUGGGACUGCCUGGAGGUUUUGAGGGAUAACACACUGGUCACGCUAGCCAACAUUUCUGGGCAGCUAGACUUGUCUGCUUACACGGAAAGCAUCUGCUUGCCGAUUUUGGAUGGCUUGCUGCACUGGAUGGUGUGCCCAUCUGCGGAGGCACAAGACCCCUUUCCAACUGUGGGACCCAACUCGGUCCUAUCGCCUCAGAGACUUGUGCUGGAGACCCUCUGUAAACUCAGUAUCCAGGACAAUAACGUGGACCUCAUCUUGGCCACACCUCCAUUUAGUCGUCAGGAGAAAUUCUAUGCUACGCUAGUUAGGUACGUUGGGGACCGCAAAAACCCAGUCUGUCGAGAAAUGUCCAUGGCACUCUUAUCGAACCUUGCCCAAGGGGACGCGCUUGCAGCAAGGGCAAUAGCUGUGCAGAAAGGAAGCAUUGGAAACUUGAUAAGCUUCCUGGAGGACGGGGUCACAAUGGCCCAGUACCAGCAGAGCCAGCAUAACCUCAUGCACAUGCAGCCCCCGCCCCUGGAGCCCCCGAGUGUGGACAUGAUGUGCAGGGCGGCCAAGGCUCUGCUGGCCAUGGCCAGAGUGGACGAAAACCGCUCGGAAUUCCUCUUGCACGAGGGCCGGUUGCUGGAUAUCUCGAUAUCAGCUGUCCUGAACUCUCUGGUUGCAUCUGUCAUCUGUGAUGUACUAUUUCAGAUUGGGCAGUUAUGACACAAGUGAGAAGGCAAGCAUGUGUGAGUGAAGAUUAGAGGGUCACAUAUAACGGGCUGUUUUCUGUUCUUGUUUAUCCAGCGUAGGAAGAAGGAAAAGAAAACCUUUGCUCCUCUGCCCCAUUCACUAUUUACCAAUUGGGAAUUAAAGAAAUAAUUAAUUUGAACAGUUAUGAAAUUAAUAUUUGCUGUCUGUGUGUACAAGUACAUCCUUUUGGGGUUUUUUAAUUUCUUUUUUUUUUUAACCAAAGUUGCUGUCUAGUGCAUUCAAAGGUCACUUCUUGUUUUUCACAGAUUUUCUUUUUAAUGUUCUUUUCCAUGUUGUAUUGCAUUUUUGGGGGAAGCGAAUUGACUUUAAAGAAAAAGUUGUGGCAAAAGAUGCUAAGAUGGGAAAAAUUUCACCACACUGAGGCAAAGAGGUGAACAAUUACCAAUUUCCUAUGUAUUUUAUUCUUCAGAAAAUGGGGAGAAAAGAAAAAAAAAACUGCAUCCCAUCACCCAAAGCUCUGUGCAAUAGAAAUUCCUAGAGAUAUAGGUCUAGGGGCUCAGGAGGUGUGUCAGUCAGUAGUCAGAACUAUGAAAUGAUACUGGUUUCUCCACAACAAAAUGGUUACAUUAGGCUAGGAGCAAAAACAAUGUUUUUUAAGUUAAGAUUGAAAAUACAUACCUGACAACGAUCAACAGAAAUUGCUUCCUCACCACUACCGUCAUGUCUGCUGUCCGGCAUUUGACCUUCCACAUGACAGUGCUUCACAAUUCCUUUAAUCAUUUUUUAAAUAUUUUUUUUACUGCCUAUGGGCUGUGAUGUAUAUAGAAGUUGUACAUUAAACAUACCCUCAUUUUUUUCUUUUCUUUUUUUUUUUUUUAGUACAAAGUUUUUAGUUUCUUUUUCAUGAUGUGGUAACUACGAAGUGAUGGUAGAUUUAAAUAAUUUUUUAUUUUUAUUUUAUAUAUUUUUUCAUUAGGGCCAUAUCUCCAAAAAAAAAAAAAAAAAGGAAGAAAAAAUACAAAAAACAAAAACAAACAAAAAAAGAGGGUAAUGUACAAGUUUCUGUAUGUAUAAAGUCAUGCUCUAUUUCGGGAGAGCAGCUGAUCACAAUUUGCUUCAUGAAUCAAGGUGUGGAAAUGGUUGCAUAUGGAUUGAUUUAGAGAAUGGUUAUCAGUACAGACAAAAAAGAGAAAAUGAAAAAAAUACAACUCAAAGGAAGAAACACAACUGCAAAGAUUUUUCAGUGACAAGAAUCCACAUUUGUAUUUCAAGAUAAUGUAGUUUAAAAAAAAAAGAAAAAACUUGAUGUAAAUUCCUCCUUUUCCUCUGGCUUAAUGAAUAUCAUUUAUUCAGUAUAAAAUCUUUAUAUGUUCCACAUGUUAAGAAUAAAUGUACAUUAAAUCUUGUUAAGCAC